CGCUUUGUCUCUGCACUGUCUGCACGUUUCUCUUUGCCACGCUGCACUUCGGUCUUUCAGUGACAAGCAAUAGAGCAAGAUGUCGCUCGUGAUUCCUGAGAAGUUCCAGCACAUUCUUCGUGUCAUGGGCACGAAUAUCGAUGGUAAUAGGAAAGUCAUGUUUGCCAUGACUGCGAUCAAAGGUGUUGGUCGGCGUUACGCCAAUAUCGUCUUGAAGAAGGCUGAUAUCGACUUGGACAAGCGAGCUGGAGAGUGCUCGGAGGAAGAAGUCGAGAAGAUUGUCACCAUUAUGGCCAAUCCUAGACAGUACAAGAUUCCAGACUGGUUCCUCAAUAGGCAGAAAGAUAUUGUCGAUGGAAAAUACUCGCAGCUCACGAGUGCUAACCUGGACUCGAAACUGCGUGAAGACUUGGAGAGGAUGAAGAAGAUCCGUGCUCACAGGGGUCUGCGUCACUAUUGGGGUCUUCGUGUACGUGGUCAGCACACCAAGACUACCGGUCGCCGUGGACGCACGGUCGGUGUGUCCAAGAAGAAAUAAAUCCAUUAAUUUUGUAUAUUCUAUUUAAGGUCUUUUAAUAAACCCUUAAAACAUAAACUUCUUUCGUCCGUUGUAUAUUGAUAUUGGAAAAAUACAAUCGUAAUGCAUAUCCGA